AUGCAACUCAACUAUAUUUGUCUGUUUGCGAGUGCGGCUUUUCUUCUAUCAUUCGUUGAUUGUCAAGUGACCAAUAGUACAGGAAAACCAUUGGGAACCAAUAAAUGCAAUGCAACAUAUUGGGAAUACACAAAAGACGCUUACGAUGUUUAUUAUUUGGGUGAAAAGAUCAGCGGAGCUCGUGCAGAUUCGUUUCGAAUUCUCAAAGAUGGAUAUUCGAAAGAUGCUUAUGAUGUGUUUUAUAUGGGCAAACAAGUCAUUGGAGCACGUGCCGAUUCUUUUCAAUUGAUCACUGAUGGAUAUUCCAAAGAUGCUUACACUGUUUAUUUUGGAGAUAAAAAGAUCGAUGGUGCACGUGCAGAUUCAUUUCAAUUAUUACCAGAUGGAUAUGCCAAAGAUGCUUAUAGCGUUUUUUAUCUAAGAAAAAAACUCGAAGGUGUUCGAGUAGAUUCGUUUAAAUUCUUAACAGAUGGUUAUACAAAAGAUGCGUAUACGGUUUAUUAUAUGAGAAAGAAAGUUGAAGAUGCACGACCAGAUUCUUUUCAAUUUGUUGGUGAAAAUUAUUGGAAAGACACGUAUUAUGUUUAUUAUAUGGGUGUGAAAAUCAAUGGAGUUCGAGCGGAUUCAUUUAAAUUAUUAACAGAUGGAUAUUUUCGAGAUGCAUAUGAUGUUUAUUUUAUGAGAAAGAAAAUUGAAGGUGCACGAGCAGAUUCGUUUCGAAUCAUUGGAAAUGGUUAUUCAAAAGAUGCUUAUAAUGUUUAUCUCAAUGCCAAGAAAGUUGUUGGUGCACGUGCUGAUUCAUUUCAAAUCGUUGGUAAUGGCUUUGCCAAAGAUUAUCGAAAUAUCACUUGUAUUGAUCAACAAUAG